AUGGCUGUGACCAAACCUGCGUACGACCCGUUGCGCAUCGUCGAAGGCAUGUUCAACGGGUCAGUCACACGCAUCGCGUAUGCGAUGAAAGACCCUGUGAACUAUGCGCAGUCCACACGCGCAGUCCUGGUCGAGACCGCGAAGAAAUUCCAAGAUGCGCUCGACGACUGCGAGGUACAAAUCCUCGACGCCAAGUGGUACUUGGAAAACAAGCUGGCGCAAAACCGAGCGCGUCGAGAAGCAAAAGCAAAAGAAGACAGCGCAGCCACUGCGAAGAGAAAACGUGACGAGGUCGAGGGUGCGCAGGAAAAGACACAGGAGGCUGAGCAAGAAACUGCGUCCAAGCGCGUCAAAACAGCCGAACCAGACACCUCUGUGCAGACACAACCGCAACCACCACCUCCUCCCAAGCCAAAAGACUCUCCGCCAAAACCCUCGAAAGCCCCUGCAAAACCACAGACCUCCCCCAAGAUCGCCAAAAAGACUGCUCCAGCCAAGCCGGCCGAGAAACAAGUCGCUCCAACGAAACCCGACAACAAGAAGUCCCAGUCUCCCUCAAUACCAGCGGUCAAGGCGCCGGCCAAGAUGCCAGAGAAACCAUUCGAGAACCCGCCUCCGCCAGUGUCUGAGCCGAAGCCGACACCUCUCAAUUUCGACGACUUCGCUAAAGCCACUCCACAAGACAUGUCUGCGGGCGGCAAUGAAGAUUUCAACUUUACAUCCAUGUUCGGUGAGCCGUCGACGGACAUGAUGACUGGCUCUGGCAACGACAUGAACUUUGACAUGAACAAUCUCGGGGACGGGUUUGACGCCUCCGUGAGCCAAGACACUUCCUUGAACUCCCUGCUCCCAGGCUUGGAGUCAUAUGCCAAUCAGGCGGGUGAUGAUACCUUCAACAUGCCGCCAACGGACAACAACGUCUCCUCCUCAGGCAACGCACCGGCCGACGCUUCUCAGCCGGCACCGCUGAAUCCGAAUGAUUUCAGCCUUCCGGCCCUUGGGCCUAACGAGUUCGACGAGCUCCUCAACUCAAGCGACAUGAAUUUUGAUGACGCUGUCAAUUUCGACAGCACUGGUAUGAUGAACAUGGACAAUAUGGACAGUAUGGACAACAUGGAGAGUAUGGAAAACAUGGACCUCGAUUUCGACAGCAUGUUCGCCUGA